UUUCCAACUUCUCACCAUCGUCUUCUCUCCCCUAUAUACUCCACCGAGCAAUGGCAAAUAUCAGUAUCAAACCACAACAUCAAAAGAAUGGGAGAGGUCACCAAUCAAAAACAGCAUUUUGUUUUGAUCCAUGGUUCAGUUGCAGGAGCUUGGAUAUGGUACAAGGUCAAGCCAAGGCUAGAGGAAGCUGGCCACCGUGUCACAGCUCUUGACAUGGCUGCAUCAGGGGUGAACACAAAAACAAUUCAAGAAGUUCGCACUUUUGAUCUGUAUAAUGAGCCCUUGAUGGAGUUCAUGGCCAAAUUACCUGAAAAUGAAAAGGUUGUAUUGGUGGGGCACAGUUUAGGUGGCUUGAAUCUGGCUUUCGCUAUGGAGAAAUUCCCAGAGAAGGUUUCUCUUGCAGUUUUUCUUACUGCAAUCUUGCCUGAUACCGUGCACCAGCCAUCUUAUAUGUUAGAAAAGUUUGCUGAAAUCGGUCCCAAGGGAGAAGAGUGGCAAGACACUCUGUUUUCAUUCCAUGGAACCCCUGAAGAACCGCAUACAUGUGUUCACAUGGGAUGCGAGUUUAUGAAGUGCAAGCCCUUUCAUCUUUCCUCCGCUGAGGAUCUAGCUCUGCAGAUGCUCUUAAAUAGACCAGGAUCGAUGUUUGUGGAAAGCCUGUCCAAGGCAAAGAGGUUCACUGAUGAGAGAUAUGGAUCAGUGCCGCGAGUUUAUAUUGUUUGUACUGAGGAUUUAAUGAUGCCUGCCUCAUUUCAGCGCUGGAUGAUUGAGCAAAAUGGGGUAAAGGAAGUGAUGGAGAUUCCUGCAGAUCAUAUGCCAGUUUUUUCUACGCCUGCAGAACUCUGCCAUUCUAUACUGGGGUUGGCACGCAAGCAUGCUUAGAUUGCAUAUACGCCGCGUAUCCUUAGCUGGUGUGCUUAUUAUGUAUGUGAUAGUUGUGCAGCCCAUCUUGGCUGCAUUUGCUUCGGAUUUGUGUUAGAUUGUAGAAGGAAUCGGGUUGUUUUUAUUUUUUAUUUUUGGCUAUUAAAGUAAAAGAAAAUAGGAGAAAUAAAUGGUUAUUCAUUUGUGUUAGAUUGUAGAAGGAAUUGGAUCGUGUCCAUAGCUGGUGUGCUAAUUAUGUAUUAUGAUUUGAGUUUGUUAUUUUUGUUCACGAAGAUUCAAAAGAUUUUAACUUGAGAGUUGCUUCCCUUUA